AAAAAAUCACAAGGAGAGACUGCUGUUUGCAAUUACUUUUAUGAGUAUUUCAAUAGAUUCAGGGACGAUCUAUUUGAUUAUUUCACAUCCUCCACAACAGUGCCCUCUAGCGGCUGCUGGAGGCAGGGCGCCAGACGCUACAGGCUGAAAACCUUUUCAUUGACAUUGGUUGUUCAGGUUUAUAACUAUGCGAAUAAUGCAAUAUUGAAUUAUGUUUGAAAUAUAUAAACUAAAAUUGAUUUGAUAACUUAACAGUAAAAUUCUACUUUUAAGAAAAGUGUGCUUUUAAUUACAACGUAGUCGAUAUAACCUAUUCUACGUACUGUAUUCUCGGUAAUAAUUAUUAAUGGGGGUUAAACAGGUUCAGUUUUCAUUUUUAAAAAUUGCCUCACCGGUAUCACGUGAUAAUACACGACAAAAUCACGGCAAAAUCGCUCGCGGUAGUUCUGUUAUCAAGUGCAUUUAGGCUGCUUGUUGUAGAGUUAACAAAAGUUUUUAUGUGUAGGUAGCGUAUUGUAAUGUUCGAAGCGGGUGUCGUGACAAAUAGACCGGGAACACUUUAAAAACAGACGUUUAUUUCUAAAUGGCACGAAAUACAUGUGAACACUGAAAAGGGCGGAGCUACAUAAAGGGCGGAGCUACGUGAAAUCUGAAUAGUGACUAUGUUCUCAUUUAUUAUUUUCUAUGAAAACGAAAUUGUGUGUGACUUUUGCCUGCAAAAGCGGCUUGAAGCGGGUUUAUCUCACUAUAGACAGCGGCAAUGACUGAACGACAAAAACAUGACUUCUUAGUGCUGGAACCCUGUUCAUGGAUCGGAGUGGGUUUCUCUCGCUGAUGAUGAAAAUGAAAUCCCGGACUGGAUCGUCAUUAAGGCUGGGUACACACUAAAAGUUUUUUUUUUUUUUUUUAAUUUUUAUUUUAUGAGAUUCUUAAAAUGUGAGAGACAACAAACGAGGACAAAAAAUCCUAGAUUUCACCGUUUUGCUCCUAGUGUGUAACGCACACGAACACAUUUACAUCCAGAGCGCGCCGUGAACACAGGAAAUCUCGCAAAAUCUCCCGAGACUUGAGAAUAAAUUAUACAUUGUAUAAACACUCUGUUGUCAAUGCUUGUGUGCUGCUUCGUGUCUGUUAUCGCGCUUCGGUCGGCUCGCCUUCUGAUUGGAUAUUGUUUCGUUUCACGUGAUAUUUUACACACACACUUAAGGACUUCCGGUCGUAAAUAUUCAACAUGUUAAAUAUCGGUGUUUUUCCGAGCAGAUUCAGUCACUCUUUGCACACAUCACACCACAGGAAAAUCUGAUAAAAUAGUCGUUAGAACCACCAAGACAAUCGGGACAUUACCGAGGAUUGUGGGAAGGGGAGAAUUCGGCUCAAAGUCAGCAGAUUAUCUUGUGAACCCAACCUAAAUUUUAGUUACUGCUUUCUCGUUCCACUUGAUUUUAAUCCUGUCUGCUGCUUGCGAAGCUUGGCGCUUUAAAUUUAUUCGGCCACUUUUUUCUCAACAAUUUCGAGCAAAAAUCCUUUCCCCCUUCACACUCAUUCACUUUCAAACCAAGCAACUUUCUGCCGUUCAACUAGCCUGACCGACUCAAAGAAACAACGGUGGCCUACAGGUUAAAUGUGAACGCACCUUACCUGCAUCGCAUUCUUAAACCUAAAUGACCUAUUCAAAUAUAAAUUAGUUGCUUAUUUGUAUUUAAAACAAGCGUUACAUAUUGUAUAGUACUGCCGCUGGCCUAUUUAAGACUUGAACGAAUAACAAAACUUGGAAGCAAAAAAUCUUAAUAUAAGUUAGUCACUAUCUGACAGCGCUAUGUGGCAGGCAGGCUAUCGACGGCACCUGACAAGAUCGGUUCUCAAAGUAACAGUUCGGCUUCAACCCACAACUGUGCUUUUCCGCCUCGAUCAGAUAACGUGCAAAAGUCAAGCUAUGUUGAAAGCAGACAACGUCUUCCUCGUCCCCAUGAUUUGAGUGGGGUGGCUGCAGUUCUUGCGCUCGGAUUGGAGUUGUUCUCGGUGGGAGGGUGGGGUGGGGUGGGGGUCCGUUGCUGAUGCUGGGCAGAUUGCGUUUAUCUCCGCAUCUCCGCUCCGCUACCCUUAACGCUGCCACUGGAUGGCUGCGCGUCGCACUUCGACGUGAGAUCACGCACUGAAGGCUUCAUCUGAUUUCGGAAAAGAAGAUUAGAAACAAACAUGACGGACAGUGCGACUUCUGAUCCGUGCCCCGUUCCCAAUCCGACCGUCGUGGACCCGUCGGCCGUGCGAAACGGACAAUGCGCCGCUGCCCAGGAUCCGAACCUCCCCAAAAGAGGGAGUCAGGGCGAUCCUUUCGAUGUGGACCGGGACCAGGAGAUGAAAAUCACAGACAGCGUCGAGGGCCAAGGUCUCUUGGAGAGCAGCAUGCGCCUGAAGCCUCAUGAAGCUCAGAGUUACAGGAAGAAAGCUUUGUGGGUGUCCUGGAUCUCCAUUGUGGUGACUCUCAUCCUGGCUGUGGCAGGCUUCACUGUAUCCUUCAUGAGACACAGUGCAUCAGCUUUUGGUUUUGCAUUUGACGCGACGUUAGAUGUUCUUUCCUCCAUUAUAGUGCUGUGGCGCUAUAGCAACGCUGCAGCAGUGCACUCUGCCCAUAGAGAAUACAUAGCAUGUGUGAUCCUGGGAGUGGUUUUCAUCUUGUCGUCCCUGUGCAUUUUGGGGAAGGCCAUCCAUGAUCUGGCCACCAAACUUCUUCCUGAAGUGGAUGACUUCCUGUUCAGCGUUUCUAUCGUCAGUGGCCUCAUGUGUGUCAUUCUUGCUGUUGCCAAGUUCAUGUUGGGAAGGAUUUUGACCAGCAGAGCCCUAAUCACUGAUGGCUUUAAUUCUAUGGUUGGGGGCAUCAUGGGGUUUUCCAUCCUCAUCAGUGCUGAGGUGUUUAGACAUCAUCCCACCGUCUGGUACCUGGACGGAACCAUCGGGGUCCUGAUCGGACUCAUCAUUCUAGCUUACGGGGUCAAGCUGUUGAUCGACAUGGUGCCACGAGUAAGACAAACUCGAAACUAUGAGCGCUUUGAGUAACGCUGGUUCAGAACAACAAAAAAAAGGCAUCGUAUGGAUCCAGUUAUCACUCUCGGCUCCUGCUGCUCUCUCAACUGACACGAUACCCAAAUACAUCCAGGAAUAAAGUCUGCUGGCAGCCAAUUCAGCAUCAUGUAUUGUAGAAUCACCGCUCCGACCAGCUCCUGAGGUCCUCCUUCACUCAGCACAACAUUUACAAGAAGGAAGGAGGAAGAAGAAUGAGCUGGUCAGUGGAUCGGUGAUGUCACUCCCGGCACUCAAGACAAGAGCGACUGGUCUUAAACAGAGAUCAGCAUUUAUUGGUCACAUGCAUAAAAUUCUAUUACGCCACAUUUGUUUUUGUUUCUUAAAUUGUAGACGACAUUGAUUCAUACCGUAUGGUACUCUUUGUUUAAUGAAAAGUCAUGUGAAUGAGCAUUUGAUUAUUUUUACUUCAUUCAUCUUUCUGUUACAUCACAUCGUUCCGCCCGUUGUCCCCCAGAAUGAAUAUAUUAUACGGUAUGUUUAUAUUUUAGUGUAUAAUAUUGUAUAUAACCUCUCAGAGCUAGAGACCAGCACCGUUUCCAGUGUAGCGUUGACACUCAUUUCAAUAAAGAAAAGCACACAGAAGCGUUAUGGAUUAGGCACAACUAUACUAAAGACCACAGUUUCAGGGUCAGUAAGAUAAUUAUAUGAAAUAUCCAUUUUGAAAAAUAGACCCAUAAUGCAUAGACAUUUAGUCCAUUUGAGUCCAUAGUCAAAAUGACGAACCAGCACAGAAAGGUUAUAGCAGCUUGAACUUCCUGACCGUUGAACCAUUUCUAGCACAACAAGGAAAAAAGACAAAACCUGAAAUAUUCCUAAAUCUGUCUACUAAUUUUUACUUUUUCGCUUGUAUUGUGCAAUUCCUUUUUUCAUGUUUUUAGCUGCACUGUUGUAUUUUUUUUAAAGCAAUCAACUAAUCUGACCUCUUCUGUGCGACGAUCUGCUGUGUUUAACCAGUGAUUUCUGUGGCAUGCAUUGCUGUCGGUUUGCCGCUUGCUAUUGAACUUAUCAGAUAUUUUUUUCCCGUGCCAAGACAGAAUGAGAUUUGAAUGGCCUGAAGUGUCGUCUGAUGUAGAAAUGAUUGAUUUGGGCUCCAGCAGACAGAAUGAACGAUUGGUGCAUUACAGAGGUUUGUGAGGCAGGGCAGCUUAUUCCACAAUGAAGCGCAAAUCAUUGGAAAAACAAAGCACAUUUUAGUUUCUUACUGCACUGUUUAACAAAACUAAUCUAUAUUAUAAUGGGUUUUUCACCUUUUAUUUGUUUGUGUACAAAAGCUGAAGCAUAAAUCCAAACGUCUGUCAUUUCUGACCUGUACACUGCUGUUCAAAAGUUUUGGGGUCAAAAUUCAUCCUUUUUUUCUCUGAAAAAACAAUACUUUAAUUCACAGGGAUGCAGUAAAUUGAUUUAAAAGUAACUGUAAAUGUUGCAAAAGUUUCCAUUCACCAAGGGAUCCUGAAAAAAAUGGCAGUUUACACAAAAAUGCUAACAGAGCAAAUGUUUUCAACAUUGUUAAUAACUAAUUUGCACAGUUGCCUUUUGUUGUGUAUUACUGUUAUAAAAUAAGAAAAUUCAAUAAAAAGUUGCUAACAGAAAAUCAGUAAUUAAUUAAACAUGUUAAUAGCAAAUCAGCAUAUAAGAAUGGUUUCUGAACGAUCAUGUGACACUGAGGACUGCUGAAAAGCUUUGCAGUCAGAGUAAGUUAUUUAAAUUGGAAAUAAUUCACAUUAUUAAUGUUUCUACCUUAUCUUUGAUCAAAUAAAUUCAGCCUUGUUGAGCACAAAAGAAAAAAAAUCAACUGACCCCAACCUCGUGAACGUAGUGUAUUUUAAAAAUCCAUUUAUUUUAUCCGUAUAUAAAACGCAUCAGUGAAUAUAAAAAUGCACGCUAAUUUGAAUGAACAUGAAUUAUUUAUUCAUAAAUUUCACACGACUUGCUUCUUAAGCACAAAGAAGUGUUUUUAAAUCUAAGGUUUUUGUCACCGACCUUUCCAUGUGCACCAUGAACAUCAGUGGAAGAUCUUUUUACCGUCUCACAAGCACAGUGCCACACAAAGGCUUAUUUUUACAUCAUCAAUACUGAACAUCAGCAAUCGUGUUUUCCUCAGUUUUAAACACAGUUUAUUUUUGCCUCUGUGUCUCAUAUAAUUGGGGCGUGAAUGUAACCGAAUGUAAAAGACUGUGAUCGUUUCGCAGCUCAUCUACUGCUCACCUGCUGAUUUAUGUGUCUCACCAGAGUUACCAGACAAUCACGAGUCGACCAAUAACUGCAGCACAGACUCCCGAAGCCUUUUGUCUACUGCUCAGUGUGAUCUCGUCCGAAGAGGGAAAACUUUAAAGCAGAACAUUUCAUAGUUAUGUUCUUUAAUCGUCAUAGCAAAGCUGUUGUUUUUAUUUAUUAUUGAUUUGUACUCGAGUGAUGCCAUUGGCGUGUUUGUGCCGUAAUGCAAUAGCGUCUUUCCAUAUACGUAUCAGUGGACGCGUUAUAACUUGAAUAUUUUUUUCAAAUUCAGUGUUCCAUAAUCUUAUAUAAAGUGUACUGACUUAGACUGUAUAUGUGUGUAGACUGCCCAUGGUAAUGUGCCGAAUUAAUGCUGUAUUAUGUUUACAAAAAUUUGGUAUUGAGUACUUAUAAUAUUCAGAUGUCAGGUCACAGCUGCCAGAUAGGCAGGUUGUUUCUUAUGAGUCAGUUCAUUCAUUUUCUUCAGGCAUAUUGUGAUAGUUUUGUAAAUCUAAGCAUGUGUUAGGCUGUAAUGUAUCAUCAGCUGACACGUAGGAGAACGGCGCUGUCUGUUCAUAGACUUCAGUAGCUGUAGAUGCUUAUCCAUUACUAUAAAGAUCAUCAGGGUCGCACAGUUGUUACAUUUGCUUAGUUUAGGUCGUGCAGAUUGUAUAAAUCAGUCUAUAUUCCAAAGACAAAAUGACAGCUGGACCUUGCAUUAGUUGGCUCAGGCCUGAAGUCUGUACUUAUGCUGUUAUAGUUUAGUCUUAAGCAAUAGCCUAGGCCUACACACUGCUACUCUAGUGCGCUUUGCAUGAAAAUCACCACUUACCCACAAAAUGCUGCACAAACACACAGUGACACGCACGCAUGCACAGCACAAACAAGCACACACACAACCCAUUUCUAAUGUCUGGCACAUAGACGAGAGGUUCUGAAUGUACAUUUACUUCAAUAGUGAUGCUGAUCUAUAUUUCUGUAGAACAUGUGAGAUAUGGCUUGACCUAAAGGUUGUACAAAAAUAAAAUCUCCUAAGAAACCA